AUGUCCUCCGAGGCUCGUCAUCAGCUCCACGUCUUCUUCUUCCCCUACCCAGCCCCCGGCCACAUGCUUCCCCUUGCCCAUGUCGCUGCCCUCUUUGCGGGCCGCGGCAUCCGCGCCACCUUCGUCACCACCCCCGCCAACGCCCCUCUCCUCCGCCCCGCCCUCGACCACCAACCCGUCCGCAUCCUCCUCCUCCCUUUCCCCUCCGCGGAGGUCGGCCUCCCACCGGGCUGCGAGAACACGGCCUCCCUCCCCCACCCUCGCACCCGUCACUUUGGCGCCAUGGUCGAAGCCGUCGCCGCCCUCCGCGAUCCCCUCGCCGCCCUCAUCCGCACCCACCGCCCCGACUGUCUCAUCUCCGACUACGUCUGCGGCUGGACCGCCGACCUCGCCUGCUCUCUCGGCAUCCCGAGACUCGUCUUCAAUCCCACUUCCCUCUUCUCCACCGCCAUAUGGGACGCCAUCCUCUCCCGCGGGGCCCACCGCGACGACGCCGGUCUCCUCGUCGUCGAGGGCGGCCUCCCGCACCGCGUCGAGCUGACGCCGGCCGAGGUCCCCAGGGCCUUCGACUAUCCGGCAGAAAUCAACGCCAUAAAAGAAUCCGAAAACCGUAGCUACGGCACCAUCUACAAUAGCUUCUACGAAUUGGAGCCCCUGUACGUCGAUUUCUUGAAGGAAAGCCGGGCCACCAAAGUGUGGUGCAUCGGGCCGGUGGCUUUUGCUAGCAGGGGAGCAGCAGGGGACGAUCUUGAUAAUGAGCAAGGAGAGCUGAUCAAGAAAUGGCUCGAUUCGAAGACGCCCGACACGGUCGUGUACGUGUGUUUUGGGAGCGAGUUUGUAUUCAAAGCGGAGCAGCUCCGAGAGAUGGCAUUGGGGUUGGAGGCGUCGGGCCACCCGUUCGUGUGGGCGAUGAGAAGCGACGAGCCCGAGGCGGAGUGGAUGCCGGAGGGGUUGGAGGAGAGGAUAGGGGAGAGGGGUUUGAUAAUAAGAGGAUGGGCGCCUCAAUUGAUGAUAUUGAACCAUCCGGCGGUUGGAGGGUUCGUGACGCACAGCGGGUGGAAUUCGACGCUGGAGGCGGUGAGCGCGGGGGUGCCGAUGGCCGCGUGGCCGCUCCAGUGGGACCAGUUCUUCAACGCGAGGCUGGUGGUGGAGUUGCUGGGGAUCGCAGUGCGGGUUUUGGAUUCGGUGGGGCAGCGAGCGGGGGAGGUGGUGCAGUGGGAGAGGGUGAGGGACGCGUUGGAGAGGGUGAUGGGUGGGGCUGGUCGAGAGGCGAGGAGGAGCGCGAGGGAGUUUGGGGUGAUGGCGAGAGCGGCGGUGGAGGAGGCUGGGUCGUCGUAUGGGGAGCUCAGCCGCUUGGUCGAAGAACUUAAACAGCUGGCUGUGCAGAGGAGGAAGGAAGCUCAGGGGGCAGUAAAUCCUAAUUCUACAUAA